CUCUCUCUCCCACCCCGCACCCCCCGUCGCCUGCAAGCCCCAUCUCUCUCUCUCUGACUUCCUUGAAGUUGCGUCUUCGUAAAACUUUCCACUAGUUAUCAAAACCCCAAAUUCUUUUGGUAAACCCGAUGUUCUCCAUUUUUCUUCAUCUAUUUUUUUGAGGUACUAUGAUUUGUUUGAUGAUACAUUUGGUGGGUAAGAUGUAUUUAUUUGGGUUUUGUUUUGUUUUUUUUUGAUCCUGGAACUGAUCCAAGUACUCUUGCAAGAAGUUGGAGGAAUUUGAAGAAGAGGAUGAGGAGGAAGAAGUGGAUGAAGAAGUUGCCCUUGGUUAUUUAUGAGUUCCAUUGGGUCAAAUGGGUUGUCAUGUUGUUUCUCUUCCUCUUCGGCUUCAGUAAUGGAGGAUGAUUGUAAUGAUGUGUCCGGUUCAUUGUUUUGAUCAAGUUCAGCUUUACUAUGAUCAAUCUGAGAAGUUUAAUGCUGUUUUUGCUCUUGUUCUGGUUGCUGUUGCAAUUGUUGUUAGGGUUGGGUUCUUCAGUGGCGGUAAAGAUUGGCUUGUGGGUGUAGGGGGCCAUCUCGGUAGAGCCCAGGCCUCAAGAGUUACGGGAAUCCCAGGCUCCCGACUGCGGAGUCCAUUCUCCCUCCUUGUUGCUGGUGGUGUAGGAUUAGCGAAUGUGGCACUGCUCGAGCUGCAAAACACGACCUCAACAAUAGCGUCGUCUAUAGGAUCUUUUUCCAUAAACAACAUGUACUUCGCAUGCCGACAGCAACAUAGUCCCAGACCACACAGGGAGAAGAACUCUAGGGCGAAGACAUGGAGGUGAGACUCGCAAGCAUGGAAGAGAUGAUAAGGAAGCUAAUGAAGGAGAUAGGGGCGCUCCGCCAAGAAAAUGCAGCACUCAAGCGGACCAAUGAGGAGUAGGUGGGAGGAGGGGAACCGAGUAGAACUGGGCUUGUGGAUUCACAGCGGAUCCCUGUGAACCCCACGGCAGAGGAGGAGAGAUGCAAGAUGCACCUCGUCAGUACCGACUUGCCAUACACCCUGGGAGUCAUGGUGGUGCCUCUUUCACCCAAAUUUAAAAUCCCUCAGAUUGAGGUGUACGAUGGGACGGAAGAUUCGUUGAAACAUUUGGAGACGUUCAAGGCUCACAUGACCUUGCACAAUUUUCCAGGUGAAAUCGUCUGUAAGGCCUUUCCUCUGACGUUGAAAGGACCCGCCCGGGCCUGGUUCAAAUCUCUAUCACCCUAGACAGUAGAUAGCUUCAACGAACGGGCUCGCCUAUUCAUGACACGGUUCAUGGCAAGUUGAAAGAGGAGGCGCUCGGUCGCCUACCUCCUCACGGUUAAACAACGGGACGGAGAGAGCAUGAAGUCGUAUCUCUCCCUGUUCAAUCAAGAGGACAUGACCAUGGACAACCGAGAUGAAAAAAUUACCUUGGCAGCCGUCCUAGGUGGGACCUGGCCUAGGAACCCGUUCAUGGCCGAAGUAGCACGAAGAACUCCAACCACACUGAGGGCGUUCAUGGAUUAGACAGACGGAUUCAUCAACGUCGAGGACACCCUCGAAGCCCUAACAACUCUGCGACGAAUAGAGAUGGAAGAAACGGAUCGGAAGACGGCUAGGCAAAAGGGUAGUCAUAGCCGCGAAGGAGCUAGUG